AUGCUUGAUGCUCUGACGAUUCGAGACAAAUAUGGAGGCCGGCUUCCACCUGCAGUACCACUUAAGGAUCGCCAAUGGCCGGGCAGAAGCAUGACGAAGUGCCCUCAAUUCUUAUCCCACGAUCUGCGCGACGGCAAUCAAGCUUCGCCCAUCCCAAUGACUUUCAACCAGAAAGUAGUUAUGUUCAAGCAAAUUGUUUCAAUGGGAUUUAAGGAGAUUGAGCUGGCCUACACUGGCGCUUCCCAAGCCGACCACGAUUUUGUUCGCUAUGUUAUUGAGACGCCCAGUCUCGUACCAGACGACGUGUGCGUUCAGGUGUGCGCCCCCUGCCGGAAGGACGCCCUUCUGCAAGCUGUCAAAAGUCUGCACGGCGCAAAAAAGGCCAACGUAUUCACCUAUAUCGGAUGCAGCGACUACCUGCGUGAAGUAGUACUCAGAAUGACCGAAGACGAAUGGGUUGAACGAGCGCGAUCUUGUGCCGCUUACGUACGGUCUCUCGUCAAAGAUGGUGGACCUUACGCGGAGGGCACAGAAUGGACUUUCAGUUUUGGCUUCGAGGACUUUUCAAAUGCCCGAGUUGAACCAGUCGUGAGGUGCGCUGAAGCUGUUAAAUCCGCAUGGAAACCAACGGUUGAUGACAAAAUGGUCCUUGGGGUCGCUGCAAGCGUUGAGAUUUCACCGCCUAAUAUCUUCGCUGACCGAGUCGAAUAUCUCUUGAAACAACUUACAAAUCGCGAGACAUUUCGUUUUGGAGUACACCCGCACAACGAUAGAGGAUGCGCUGUUGCAGCUGCCGAGUUGGCCUGUUUGGCUGGGGCUGACCGUGUUGAUGGCUGUCUCUUUGGCCACGGAGAGCGUGGAGGCAAUGUCGAUAUGAUCAUAGUUGCUGCCAACGCAAUGACUAUGGGACUUGAUCCGGGUCUCGAUAUGAAUCGUCUCGACGAAGUGGCCAAAACUUUUGCCGACAUCACAGGCAUCCCCGUUCACCCGCGCACUCCCUAUUCGGGUGACUUCUAUUUCCGAGCAUUCAGCGGACUUCACCAGGACGCUAUUCUCAAGGGCCUUCGAGCGCGCAAAAAUGCGGCGGCAAACGAAGUCUGGCGGGUGCCAUAUCUGCCUCUUGAUCCGAGCGAUUUAAAUCGAGAUAUGCAAGAUUGCGUGGUUGGUAUAACCAGUCAAAGUGGCAAAUCGGGUAUUGCCUGGAUUUUGGGUCAAUAUUUCGGACUCAACCAAAUUCCCGUCGAAGUGUUGCGCAGUUUUCAAAGUGUCGUGCAAAAACUUACCGAACGGGCCGAGGAAGAGCGCCACAGUAUCAGCAAUUACGAUAUUUGCCAGGCCUUUUGCAAAGUAUACCAUAUCGAGAUGCCGGGUCAAAACGUCCAGCCUGCGUUCUUGGUAGGGACGAACAGUUCAGAAGUAUUAAGAUUGGAUGACAUUUUGUCAAAUUGUAACACAAGUGACACAGCCGAAACAUGUGCAGUUUUGGCAAGUGUCCUAAAGCUCCCUAAGCAAAUCGAAAUUUCCGUACAACAUGAAAAUCUGGAUGAGUCGCCGAACCAGCUCCUGCCAGGUAGCGUGGGGGCAUACGCAAAGCUCACUGACGCCAACGGGGCUGUAGAAUGGGGAGUUGGCAUCGGGGGAGGGAAGACUGAAGCGUUGAUUCGAGCUGUCAUCUCAGCAGCCAUCGCUCAUGGACACCUGCGCCUUUGGGAGCCCGAAGCCCGUGAGAGUAAGAUGAGCGGUAGACAUAUCGGCCAUCUUCCCGCCGCGCCGCGCCUCCAUGGAAUGAAAGCUGUGGAAACGAUCUAG